AUGCCUGGACUGAUGGAGGAUGACUUUGAUAGUCAGCUUCCAAAUAUGAAUGACUACCAUCGACUGGACCAUUCGAGCUCUAUCCCUGGUAGCGAUGACACAAUCUCAAACGAAAUCGAACGGGCCACAGUACCUACCAGUAUUGUCGCAGAUGCCGAUCAACAAGACAGUCUCAGAUCGUGUGUUGAGGAAACGCAAUUUGUCAACCUCGAGGUUGACACGCAAGCUCCCGAAAAGACAAGCUUCGUUAUCGUUCCACCGACAGACCAAGCGAAUCUACCCUCUCAAGUAUCGGCGGAUGCUCAAACGUUCAUAUCAGUGCCCGAGACCUUUGCAGAAGAUGACAUGGUCUCUGGGUUCACAUUUGGCAAAGCACCGAAGGCAAAAAUUGGUCAAUUCAGCGACAGACCGCAGCGCAGCACGACCGUUUCGACCAAAGUCGAGGACAGCAGUACUAGACGAAAUUCGAAUGUAGAGAAGCCUUCUCUAGCACUUAGAAAUACUGCAAAUGAGCCGAACGAUGCUGGAGAGUUACACCAGAACCAGCAACUAUCUGACGCUCCCAAAAUUGAAAUUCGACCGAACCUAGUUAAUGAACGUACAAGUCCGAUGCCUCAAGCUUCAAUAACAGAUGCUCCAGACAGCAUUAGAUCAGAUGCCAGCUUACCAACCAGAGGCCGACCGACAAUCGCACAACCACAACAGCAACAACAAAAACAAAGAAUUCCGGAACCCUCGACCACUUCGCAUCAACAGAUACCCAUCAAUAGCAUAAUCGAUACUCCUUCUACAGUUAUCGGAACGCAUGCUCAACUAACUGAACAACUACGGUUAUCUGAAAUUGCUAGAAAUUCCAUAGCAUCACACGCUUCCAGACUCAGAAGUGGGCCGCGGUUAAAUCGACGUGGCUUUCCAGAGAAGGUAUCUACAACCUCGAUGCGAACUCCAAAAUCAGCCCAUCGACCAUUUCCAGAUGUGCAAUCAGAACCCCGCAGAUUAGGAGGCUCGCCUGUUCCGCCACCUAUAGACUUACGUGGAUCGAAUGCUCGCCGCAGCGAUGGGUCAAUUUCAGUCCAACAUCGAGCUAAAAGUAUUGAGCCCCAUAUGGCUUCAGAAUAUGCUUCGAAUAUCGACGUUGAUCCCCAUUUCCGGGACAAUCUUCCAGCAAAAGGGGUUGUCCCACGUACCCCUCAUGAGGUAACUGCGCACCCAGAUGCUCACCAUCACGCAAUAAUCGAUGACGGCCAGGAUCGCACACCACAAUUACGAGAUAAUCCUCAGGCUUGUUCUCGGUCUCCCUCCGCAGCUAUCACAGAUACUUCACAGUUACCGCCUACACCUCGUCCGCAAUCUCGAUCAAACACAUCUGCCUUUCGAGCCAGAGUUGAUAAUGCAGCAGAGCAGCGUACUACCGAAACACCCUUUGCUUUGAACGGCCAUCAUGAGUCGCCAAGCGACGAAGGGACGAUUCGACAUUCAUUCGGGCAUAAAGCUAUAUCCCGACCUCUCCGACAAGAACAAGCUGCUACAUCGGCUAGACCGAACGAGGCUGAAGGCAGAUCCAAAACAGAGAUGACUGUUUUACCCCAAGUUUUAAGAUCGAACCUUGCGAACAAGAUUGACAAGCAUACACAUACAAAAUCUCGACCAACCAUAAAUACUUCCCCACAGCGUACAUAUUCUCCGAAACGUCCAGUUUCUCCGAAUUACAAAGCAUGCCAAAAGUACAUGAAAGCGUGUCACGCAUUGUUUGAGACUCGGGACCAUGAAAUUGAGAAAAUGAAGAUUCAAGAGGCUGAAAUCUGGAGGCUCAAGAACUUAAAUGAGGAAAACACGGAGAAUAUCAGGAAGCUCGAGAAAGAAAAAACAGGUCUAGUGCAGAAGGUGGAGAAAUACAUAAAGCAUAGUGAAACAUACAAACAGCAUAUCAACAAAGUUGUUGACUCUCAAAACUCCUUGAGAGUCGAGGCAGGCAAGAUCCGAGAAACCUCCACCAAGGUUAUUGAGGCAUAUCAUGACAGCACCCUCGAUGCGGAAGACAUGAAGAACUCUGUGAAAAAAAUGCAAAAGACACUUGCGGAGAUCAAAGCGGUUCGUUCCGAAAUAGACAAAGCCCAAUCUGAUGAGCGGUCUUCGUUGGCGCUCGCUCGAGAGGCUACCAAAGUUGCUGAAGAAAAAGUACGAGAAGUUGAAGAGCGACUAGAAGAGCUCGACAGGAAGAACAAUGAGAGCAUCGAACUGUUGGCGAAAUCUUCUGAUGAGAACCAGGAGCUCAAUCAACAGAUAAAAUUUUUACGCCUUGAACAGAAAGCGCUUGAAAAACAAAUAGAGGAUCAUUUAAGCGAACUUCAGGGCGCCCGGACUGAAUCAGAGAGACUUGAUAGGCAGCUGUCUGACCACCUUAAAGUCCACGAGAAACUUGUUGGCGCCAUUGGAGAAAUCCCCGUUGAUGUGUGCAAGGAGUUGCAAAAAGAAGAUGGCAUCUUUUCGAGUAUUUUGUCUGCUGACCAAACAAUGAGCGCCAGGUUGGAAGACCUAGCAGCAUUAGCCGAGGAGAUCAAAAAUGAUGAGGCCAAGGUGUCUCCUGCUCUGAUAAAAAUGAUUGAAGAGUUAUCAAAUAGGGUUCCACAGAUAUCGGAUGAUCGCACCAAAUUUGAGGAUGAACGACAACAGUUCUCGGCACUUUUCGAAAGUUUGAGAGAAUCUCUAAAUCAGUUUGGUGUUGAUUCACAAACUCGAAUCGACCUCGAUAAACGAAUCGCUGAGCUGCAACAAGAGAACUUGGCCAUUACCGCAAGCAAGAAUGCUGCCGAGCUCGAGUCUCGAAGCAUAUCCAGUCAGCUACAGCUAGAAAGAUUAAAUGCCAGCAGCUAUAAAAAUCAUCUAGAAACCAAGACACAAGAGCUAAAAGAUCUUCAAGCCGUGCCGAAGGAAGAUCCACGACUACUUGCAAAGAUCACAGCUUUGGAGGGAACGAGCAAAUUGCUGAAUGGAAAACUGGAAUCCGUAACGCAAGAGUUGAUAACCCUUCAGGAGAAGAACGCGAACCUCCAGGAAAUGGUCAAAACCUCACAGGAUAAGGCAGUCCGUCUUGAAAGAGAAAAGCAAGAGCUCCGAAUUGCCUUUACGACAGAGAAGCAACAGGAGGCUGAAAUAGCUGAAAAGAACAAGGCAGAGAAGGAGAAAUGGAACCAGACAACAAUGGACAAUUUGAGGAGGCAGAUUCAAGAUAAAAACGCUGAGCUGACGGCUGCAACUGAAAGUCUUCAUAAGAUCAAGGCUGAGCUCGAUCUGGCCAGGCAAAACCCACAGCCUGAGGUAAUGGAUCAAAUUCUCAAAUUAUCCACUUUGGCGACUGAGCUCCAUGCAAAAUCCUCUUCACAUUCAACGGCAGAACUAAGCAAUAUCCAAGCACUUGGUGUGGAAAUUCAGAGAGGAACCACAGAGACCGAGCAGACACAGCGCAGGAUAGCAAGUAUCAAAGAAACCCAAGCUUCUCUCACUCACUCUCUGCAAAAAUACGAGAUGAGAGACGCAACAUUGUCGAAAGAAGUACUUAUCCUUGAGAGAGAGAUCCAUCAACUUAAGGCCGGACGAACAACCGAGAAGCAUCAGGGAACCUCUCAGCCUACGACCGAGUCAGCAAAGGCAAUGAUUAUAGCAUCUAGACCAUCCUGUAUGGGUACUCACCCGAGAAUCGUGUCAUCCAGGAAAGCUGUUUCUGAUCGGCCGAAGGAUCUCCCCAAAUCCUUUGCCGAUAUCGAAGCAAGAGAUGUCUCACGAAAUAUGAUGCUACCAACACCGAGUGCGAUGGGAACAAAUCUGCAAUUGGCGAAAGAUCGUGGUUCAAGUCGCAUAAAUUUGAAAGUCAUUCCGGAUUCUCAGUCACAGGCUGAGACUGAGUGGAGUGCUUCCCAAGAUGAGCAUCAAGUAAACGGCCCGCAGACCACGCCGAUUCGGUCCACAGGGUUAGGUUAUGCAACUUCUGGUCCGUUAGCCUCACAGGAAACUCCCGGACCACGCUCUUUUGCUUCCUUGGGCUCAUAUACUGGUAGUUCCAGCGCAAGCGACAUGACACGCCUCAGUGAUCUAGGUUUCGACGAAAUGGCUCUUGACUCUAUGGACAGCAAACAUGUCAUUACAACAGCCCAAGCCCUAAGUCGUAACAAGCACUCAAAUAAUGCCGGUCAUUCCAUGCAGCUACAUGUCAAAGAGCAAAAUACGUCCAGUAAACGUAACACCAGCGCUGUAUCGAAUGAAAGUUCAAAUGCCGAAUGUUUAGGGAAUACCACGCCUGCCUCGCCUGCCACGCCUGCCUCGCCUGAGCAAGUCCAAAUGAAAAGGGGACCUGCUCGGAAGCAACCGCAACAUCGACAAUCUUCUAAACCUCUCAAAAGUGCGCUGAAGAAUAGAACCGUGGUCUUUCAAUCGAGUGCAAGUAUUUCAACAGAGACUAGCCAAGCGACAUCUAUGAACACAGCGGAUGGCAAAGUGUUCAAGCUCACCGAGAUCAAGUCUCAGAAUAUAAUCAACCGGCCCCCAGUACGGAAGAACCCUUCAGUGUACAAUCGUGUAGCUAGUGGGUCUUCAGCAGGGGCGAAAAGUAACUCUACUAUCACCAAUGAGGGCAGAACAAAAAAUGCGACAAUACAGCAAUCCCAAAUCUCUCUGAUCCCAAACGCUGCGCGGAGAAACAGCUCGUUCGCUGGAUUCAAUGAAAGCAGAAAGCGACCAGCAGAGAUGCAGGCUACUUCAUCGAUCAACAAAGCACCGCGUCUUUCUCAACCACCACAAAUCGAGACUGAAAUGAAAAAUCGCCUAUCAAUUCCAACUGCUGGAUCCGGCUUUGGCAAGAGGCGAUAG